AUGGCUUCAAUGCUCGAGUUUCGCACCGCCGGCUACAAUCCGUAUGCGGUCAAGUACUCGCCGUACUACGACUCUCGAGUGGCCGUCGCAUCCUCGGCAAACUUUGGCAUUGUGGGCAAUGGAAGAGUGUUUGCGCUGGGCCUCACGCCUGCCGGCAUACAAGUAGAGAAGACCUUCGACACAAACGAUGCCCUGUAUGAUCUAGCAUGGUCCGAGAUCAACGAGAACCAGCUCAUUGUAGCCUGCGGCGAUGGAUCAAUCAAGCUCUUCGACCUUGGUGUCGACAAGUUCCCUGUUAUGAAUUAUCAUGAACAUAAGCGAGAGACCUUCGCAGUCUGCUGGAACCCCAUCACCAAGGACACUUUCCUCUCAAGCUCCUGGGAUGGAACAGUCAAGAUAAACAGAGUGCGGCUCGCAAACGGGCAGGCGGUCAUGCCCGCGCAGCCCUCUGAGAUACUCACGCACGAUUGGAACAAAUACAAUGACACAAUUAUUGCCACAGCAGGUGUGGACAGAAACAUCCGCACCUUUGAUAUAAGAAACCCGUACGGCGGUCCCGUCUCUCUCAUGCAAGGUCAUGAAUAUGCCGUUCGGCGAUUGGCGUGGAGCCCACAUGCCAGCGACAUCCUGAUCAGCGCCAGCUACGAUAUGACCGUACGGCUAUGGACAGACGGGUCAACGAUGGGCCACAACGCUGCGCCGCCUGGGCAACCGAUGCCGCCUCUAGGGCCUAAUGACCCUGUUCGCCCUGGAAUUGAGUUGGGUCUCAUGAACCGGCACACCGAGUUCGCUACCGGCGUUGACUGGUGCCUCUUUGGUGCAGGUGGUUGGGUAGCAACUGUGGGCUGGGAUGAGCGUGUGCUGUUAUGGGAUGCCAACUCAUUACUUCAGAGAUAG